AUGUAUUUACCAUUGGUCUUCAAUGGUGUUGCUGCUCCCAUUGGUCCUGAAGUGGUGGUGAUGAACUUAUUUGAUGCUGAAGAAUUUGAUGAUGGUCUUCAUCCUGUCGAUUUUGAUGGUGCUGUUCAUCAUAUUGAUGAUAGUGGUGGUGUUCAUGAUAUCGAUGAUGAUGUUGGUGGUAGUAUCGAUGGUAAUGUUAUUGGUAAUAUCAAUGGUGAUGUUGUUGGUGUUGGUGGUAGUAGUGUCGAUGGUGAUGUUGAUGGUGUUAUCCAUGCUGAUCACGUCGAUAAUGUUUUCACUAAUGAAAAGAACACCAACAACUUGAUAGUGACAGCAUCAUUAUUAUCUUCGGCACGAUGUUUAUCACCACUUUCAUCACGAAUUGAAUCAAUAUUAGCAGGAAUGGUGGUGAUAUUGGUAGUUUUUUCAUUAUAUAAUAUUGAUUUAUAUGGAACACCACAUGAUCAUGCAGCAGCCGUAGUAAAAAAAUUUGGUGAUACAACUGUUGUAUAUGUUUUUUAUAAAUAUGAUGAUUUUAUUCGAUUUAAAACUAUUAUGGAUGAACGUCGAAAUAAAAUGACAGGUGACAUAGCUGGUAGUACAAGCAGUUUAAAAACAUCAACAAAACGACAAUGUUUUGUUCGGUAA